GCGCGAGUGCGAGCGAUGCCGUCGCAGAAGGAGGAUGAGGGAGAAGAAGUGCCGCCAUUUCAUCUUCCUCGCGGAGACGAGCACGCUGGAUACAGUUUUGGAACUGGAAUUUCAAGGGAUCAAAAGCAGUUCACUAUGCUCCAGACAUGGCCUGUGCGCUCACCAAGGCCUAUUGCAUCAAAGCUUGCUGCUGAUACACCUCUCUUAACAGGACAGCGUGUGCUCGAUGCAUUGUUUCCCUCAGUGCUUGGAGGGACAUGUGCUAUUCCUGGGGCGUUUGGUUGUGGAAAAACUUUCAUUAGUCAGGCAGUUUCAAAGUAUUCCAAUUUUGAAGCUGUGGUUUAUGAGGGCUGUUGGGAACGAGGGAAUGAGAUGGCUGACCUUAUGGAUUUCCCUCAAUUGACAAUGACAUUGAAGGAUGGACGUGAAGAAUCAGUCAUUAAUAGAACAACUCUUGUGGCUAACACCUCAAACAUGGCUGUUGCUGCUCGUGAAGCUACCAUUUAUGCAGGCCAUCAAGACUUACAGGCUCGGCUGCAAUGCUGCACAGGGCCCAUAGUUGAAGGCUACACAUGUAGGCAAGUCUCGAUAGAGGAAGGGGAAGGCAACGCGAAGGACCUUGGCGUCAUGUUUAUUGAAACCAGUGCUAAAGCUGGGUUUAACAUUAAGGUAUGCUUCAGAAAUAUAAACUGCUCACAUGUCUCCUUUCAGAGUAGUGUGUUUUUCUUUGGGAAGGCCUUUAUUUUUCUGCCUGUCACUGACCAUCACAAACUUGUGAGCACGUGUUCUGUAAAAUUGCUGCUGCACUUCCUGGAAUGGAGACACUCUCUUCAGCGAAGCAGGAAGACAUGGUUGAUGUGAACUUGAGGUCCGGCAAUGAAAAUUCGUCCCAGUCUCAGGUUCAGGCUGGGGGAUCUAGUUGUUAGUUAUCUGUGACACUUAUUGCUCAUGAUCUCUGAGACCCUGAGCAUCAGAACACAUUAUCACCUCCUGGCUGCUGCUUGGCCUUCUACGGCUCUACGCUCGGUGGAGGAGCGAAGAUGAUGGAGGAGCCUGUGAAGGAAGCGAAACGAGCAGGGCGGCCCUCAUGGAGGGCGCGACUCCACCGCCACGCAGGCGUGUGCGUGAGAUUCACCACGGCCCCGUCCCCUCUUUCAUGGCUGCCAGGCGUGUGAUUCAUUAUGUGAAAAAAAAUUGGCUGUACAAUAUAUAAGAGCAUCAGUAGAUGUUAGACACGCUUCUAAGCAUGUUUGUCCAUUUGGCACAACAAUCUUAUGUAAAUUCUCAGUCUUAUGAAGUAUAUUUCACAACUUGGACUA